CCAUCAGUGCCAUUAGCUAAUCCAGCCCAUGAUUUCCUCUGCACCCCCGUUUCGCUGCAUCUGACGGCCGGCUCUUGUUUACGGACGCAGGGACGAACAGGGGGAACUGGAGUAAGAGGUGCUCUUAUGAGCUCUUUGCUAGCUCUGCGGACAAGCUUUCAGUCGUAGAGGUAAAAUAUUUUUGUGGAACUUUGAAGUUCUGCAUCUUGUUGGAGGUUGUGUAUUUCCAGUCCUGCUCUUGGGAGUUCGCAGUGUCCGAAGCAUUCUGCUUGUGAUACGUGCAAAUUGGGAGUAGCGACGAUUUAAAAAAUCCCUUCUUGUGGAAAUCAUUGUCGAACAAAGUCGUGAAAGAGUUAAAGGAUAUCUUCACAGAAACUAAAAAUACGUUUCUAAAACGCUAUCUUGAGGUAUGAAUAGGAUGUACCGACCAGCUUUUUUAAAACCCUUAUUUUCCCAUGACAGGGAAAAUCAGGAUGUUGGACAUUUAGUACAUCUGUUGUUUAUCAAAGGAGGCGAUCCGUGGAUGCAUUAACGCCAACAACCGGGACUGCAGUUCAGGACAAGAUAACUGGGAUUUAUGGUGGAACGGAUAGUAUAAAUACGUUUAUUCCUAAACCAAAAAUAAUUGGCUUUGUCCCUCCGAAUUUAUGGAUGUGAGAAUUACUGGAUCUUCUGAACGAACUGCCUAGUAUUCACAAAAAACACCAAAGUUUCCUAUCUGGAUGUUUAGACAGCCAGCUAACGUCACCAGCUGCCUGCUAGACAGCAUGGGGGAUUGGUAUUUCUGGACUAAAGGAGGAUAUUGUCAAACAAACUUUAACCGAUGAGAAAAAAAAAUCGAUUCGACAACUUUAUGGAAAAUGAAGCUUACUGUUUGAUUAAGUAUUGCCAGAAAACAAGAUGACGUUUCUCAGGGGCCGAUUUGCCCUUGCUGAGGAAUAGCAGGGAGAAUAUUUGCGAAUUGGCCACAAACGCCUUAAUUCAGCCCUUCUGGGGGUGACCAGUUUUCAGGUUUCAGUAUUUGCAAAGCUUAUAAACUAAACUGAAUUUAUUUGCAAUUCUGGAUUUAUAAGUUGUUCGCCACGCACCUGGGUAUAUAGGCUACUUACCAUCAGACUGGCUCGCGAGCUGGCCAAAGCCAGAAUUCAGGAUGCAGGUCAAGAUUUCUGCGCCGGUGGUUUUGGUCACUGUUGUCUACUUGGUGCUGAGUUGCCAGUUAACUAAUGGGGAAAUUUGCCAGAGCACGGACAUCCGGAACAACGUGACCAACAUGCGUGUGCUGGAGAACUGCACGGUGAUCGAGGGCCAUCUGAAGAUCCUGCUCAUCUUCAAAGCCAAACCCGAGGACUUCCGGCACCUGAGCUUCCCACGGCUGGCCGUGAUCACGGACUACCUGCUGCUGUUCCGUGUGUACGGCCUGGAGAGCCUGUACGGCCUGUUCCCCAACCUGAGCGUCAUCCGCGGGAACAACCUGUUCUUCAACUAUGCACUGGUGAUGUUUGAGGUGCUGCAGCUGAAGGAGCUAGGCCUGGCCUCCCUCACCAACAUCACACGCGGCUCUGUGCGCAUCGAGAAGAAUCCCAACCUCUGCUACCUAUCCACCCUGGACUGGUCCAAGAUCCUGGACUCGGUGGAGGAUAACUAUGUGGUGGCCAAUAAGAACGAGCGGGAAUGUGGGGAUGUGUGUCCCGGUGUGGCUCAGGGCAAGAGCAGCUGCCAGUCAACCACCAUCAACGGGCACUUCAGCGCCCGCUGCUGGACCCAGAGCCACUGCCAGCGCAUGUGCCCGGCCUCCUGUAAGCAGCGGGCCUGCACCAGGGAGGGGCAGUGCUGUGCUGAGGAGUGUCUGGGCGGGUGUGCUGCUCCUGCUUCCUCCGGUGAGUGUGUGGCAUGCCGGCACUUCCUGCUGCGGGGCCGGUGUGUGGACCGCUGCCCUCCCGGCUCCUACGCCUUCAGGGGCUGGCGCUGCGUCAGCUUCCGCUUCUGCCAGGACCUGCACCGGCACUGCGGCAGCAGCCAGGCUGGCAACUGCCCCGAGCACGUCAUCCACAACGGGGCCUGUAUCCCAGAAUGCCCCUCUGGCUACACCACUGUCAACUCCACCACGCUGAGCUGCAGGCCGUGCGCGGGGCUGUGUCCGAAGGUGUGCGCGGGUUUGAAGAUGGUCGACUCAGUGACGGCGGCUCAGGCGCUGCUCGGCUGCACCGUCCUCAACGGCAGCCUGAUCAUCAACAUCCGCGGCGGCAAUAACAUUGCUGCAGAGCUGGAGGCCAGCCUGGGCCAGCUGGAGGAGAUCACUGGCUACCUGAUGGUACGCCGCUCCUACGCCCUGGUGUCCCUCUCCUUCCUGCGAAAGCUGCGACUCAUCCGUGGGGACACCCUGGAAGUCGGGAACUACUCGUUCUAUGCCCUGGACAACCAGAAUCUGCGGCAGCUGUGGGACUGGAGGAAACACAACCUCACCAUCCUGCAGGGCCGCAUGCUCUUCCACUACAACUCCAAGCUCUGCAUGUCCCAGAUUCGCAAGAUGGAGGAGGUCACUGGGACUAAGGACCGCCAGACCAAGAAUGAAAUUGCCUCCAAGACCAAUGGGGACCAGGCCUCCUGUGAAAACCAGGUGCUGAGGUUCACACAGGUGCGAACAUUAUCUGAUAAGAUCAUCAUAAAGUGGGAACCCUUCUGGCCUUCAGAUUUCCGAGAUCUUCUGGGGUUCAUGGUCCUGUACAGAGAGGCGCCCUUCCGGAACGUGACUGAGUUUGACGGGCAGGACGCGUGCGGCUCGAACAGCUGGGUGAUCGCAGAUGUGGACCCGCCCCCCCGCCCUACAGAGGGGAAGGAGCAACAGGAGCCGGGUCACCUCAUCCACCCCCUCAAACCCUGGACGCAGUACGCCAUCUUCGUCAAGACCCUGCUGUCUGCCUCCGACGAGCACCAGGUCCACGGCGCCAAGAGCCAGAUCAUCUACGUCCGCACCAACGCCACCAAGCCCUCUGUUCCGCUGGAUCCCAUCUCCUCCUCUAACUCCUCCUCUCAGAUCAUCCUGAAGUGGCGCCCUCCCUCCGAUCCCAACGGCAACAUCACGCACUACCUGCUGUUCUGCCAGCAGCAGCCGGAGGCCCCCCAGCUCCUCAGAUACGACUACUGCCAGCAGGGUAUGAAGCUGCCGUCACGCGCUCCUACGCUCGUUGACAGCGAGGAGGAGCAGAAAUGGAACCAGACGGACAAUCAGGGCCGGGGGGGGCGCUGCUGUGGCUGUCCCAAAACCGACAAGCAGCUGAAGAAGGAGGCCGAGGAGUCAGAGUACCGCAAGACCUUCGAGAACUACCUGCACAACGAGGUGUUCAGGAUCAGGCCCUCCAGACGGCGCAGGUCUGUAGUGGGCGUGGCCAAUGCGACACAGCCCCACCUCCUGGCCACACCCUCUGGCUUGUCCAACGCCUCAGUCGCCAGCGGGCCGGAGGAAGAGGAGGGGAGGAAGCUGGUUCUGCCCGUGGACAAAGAGUGGACCGUCAUCUCCAACCUGCACCACUUCACCAGCUACCAGAUCGAGAUUCACGCCUGCAACCACCCGACUGACCCCGCCCGCUGCAGCAUGGCGGCCUAUGUCAGCGCUCGCACCAUGCCUGAGGAUAAAGCUGAUGACAUCACGGGGCCAAUCAGCUGUGAUGUGUCUGAGUACUCAGUGAGCGUCCGCUGGACCUCCCCCAGAGAGCCCAACGGCAUGGUCCUCCUGUACGAGCUCAUCUACAGGAGGCUAGGAGACUCUGAGGAACAGCACCACUGUAUUCCACAGAAGAGCUACAUUGUGGAUGGGGGCUGCAGCCUGAGAGUGGUGCACCCUGGGAACUACAGCCUGAGGAUCCGUGCCACCUCGCUGGCAGGGAACGGGUCCUGGACCGAGCCCGCCUACUUCUACGUACAGGACCGGCGAAACGACCCGUUCAGCAUUGCUAAGAUCGUGGUUGGUCCAGUGGUCUGCGUGAUUUUGCUCCUGGUCAUGGUGGCAGGGGCCUUCCUGGCCUUCAAGAAAAAACAAACCCAGGGCCCCACGGGACCGCUCUACGCCUCCUCGAACCCGGAGUACCUGAGCGCCAACGAUGUGUACGUGGCGGAUGACUGGGAGGUGCCGCGGGAGAAGAUCGCGGUGAUGCAGGAGCUGGGGCAGGGCUCCUUUGGCAUGGUGUACGAGGGCGUGGCCAGGGACACGGUGAAGGGGGAGCCGGAGACGCGCGUGGCGGUGAAGACGGUGAACGAGUCGGCCAGCCUGCGCGAGAGGAUCGAGUUCCUCAACGAGGCGUCCAUUAUGAAGGCCUUCAGCUGCCACCAUGUGGUGCGCCUGCUGGGUGUGGUCUCGAAGGGGCAGCCCACACUGGUGGUCAUGGAGCUGAUGACUCACGGUGAUCUAAAGAGCUACUUGCGUAGCCUACGGCCUGAGGCUGAGCUGAACCCAGGGCGCCCUCCCCCCACCCUGAAGGAGAUGAUCCAGAUGGCGGCUGAGAUCGCAGACGGCAUGGCGUACCUCAACGCCAAGAAGUUUGUUCACCGCGACCUGGCGGCUCGCAACUGCAUGGUAGCGGAGGAUCUGACCGUUAAAAUCGGAGACUUCGGCAUGACCAGGGACAUCUACGAGACGGAUUACUACAGGAAGGGGGGCAAGGGGCUGCUGCCGGUGCGCUGGAUGGCGCCCGAAUCUCUGAAGGACGGAGUCUUCACUGCACACUCAGAUUGCUGGUCCUUUGGGGUGGUGCUGUGGGAGAUCAGCACAUUGGCUGAGCAGCCCUAUCAGGGACUGUCUAAUGAGCAGGUCCUCAAAUUCAUCAUGGAUGGAGGGUACCUGGACCGGCCCGACAACUGUGCAGACCAGCUGCACAGCCUGAUGCAGAUGUGCUGGCAGUACAACCCCAAGAUGCGGCCCAUAUUCCAGGAGGUGAUAGAGAUGCUGAAGGAGGAGCUGCACCCCUCCUUUCAGGAGGUGUCCUUCUUCUACAGUGAGGAGAACAAGCCGCCCAAAACCGAGGAGCUGGAGCUGGAGAACAUGGAGAGCGUCCCGCUGGACCCAGAGUCCAGCCCCGCCAGAGACGCUGCACAGCGGGGGAACUACGACCAACACCUGCCCUACACACACAUGAACGGAGGCAAGAAAAACGGGCGAAUCCUGUCCUUACCGCCAUCCAGCCCAUCCUAACGCAGAGCGCCAAGUAUUGUUGUGUUUAUUCAGAGGCCCUUUGGGGGAAGCAAACUAACAAACGAUCAAUGUCUCAGGACUUUUCCUUCUUUCUCCGCACGCAGGAGGAUUAUUUUUUCUCUGGGUGAAAUGGGUCACCCCCUCGCCUCUUAUGUGCGUUUCAUUGGGGUCACGGCGAUGUCUGUGGGUUAGGGUCACCACAGACUGAGUGGUACUCUGAAUCGGACCUUUGACCCCUGGCUGCUCGCCCCCGACCCGUCUCCACACUGAGGCCCUCUGCCCUCCUUCGGAGAUGCUGGAUGGCUGAAUCUGUUUGGAGAUGCUGGGUGGCUGAACCUGUUUGGAGAUGCUGGAUGGCUGAAUCUGUUUGGAGAUGCUGGAUGGCUGAGUCUGUUUGCAGAUGCUGGAUGGCUGAAUCUGUUUGCAGAUGCUGGGUGGCUGAACCUGUUUGGAGAUGCUGGAUGGCUGAAUCUGUUUGGAGAUGCUGGAUGGCUGAAUCUGUUUGGAGAUACUGGAUGGCUGAACCUGUUUGGAGAUGCUGGAUGGCUGAAUCUGUUUGGAGAUGCUGGAUGGCUGAAUUGGUUUGCAGAUGCUGGAUGGCUGAAUCUGUUUGCAGAUGCUGGAUGGCUGAAUCUGUUUGCAGAUGCUGGAUGGCUGAAUCUGUUUGCAGAUGCUGGGUGGCUGAACCUGUUUGGAGAAGCUGGAUGGCUGAAUCUGUUUGGAGAUGCUGGAUGGCUGAAUCUGUUUGGAGAUGCUGGAUGGCUGAAUUUGUUUGGAGAUGCUGGAUGGCUGAACCUGUUUGGAGAAGCUGGAUGGCUGAAUCUGUUUGGAGAUGCUGGAUGGCUGAAUCUGUUUGGAGAUGCUGGAUGGCUGAAUCGAUUUGCAGAUGCUGGAUGGCUGAAUCUGUUUGGAGAUGCUGGAUGGCUGAAUCUGUUUGCAGAUGCUGGAUGGCUGAAUCUGUUUGCAGAUGCUGGAUGGCUGAACCUGUUUGGAGAUGCUGGAUGGCUGAAUUGGUUUGCAGAUGCUGGAUGGCUGAAUCUGUUUGCAGAUGCUGGAUGGCUGAACCUGUUUGGAGAUGGCGUAGGGAGCCGACUCCUCUCAGAACACACUAGUGUGAUCUUUUCACACUAAACACUCUUGUUUAGUUUUGUUUUUCUGCCAGGCUGCGGAGCUUCAGACGGUUUGUUAGAGGUGAUUUAUGUCUGAUCUCUGUUCUCACGUCACACUGAAGGUUUUUUAAAGUUAUUUUUUUAUGAUAAUAAACCUGUAGAUGUGACUCAGAUGUGACUAAUAGCAGCUCCAUUGAUACAUAUUUUUGUUGAUAUAGAAGAUAUUGUAUAUAGAAAAUAUACGGUAUAUAUAUAUUAUUGAUGUUUUUGUACAUAGUUGAUAUUUUUAAUGUUUUCAUUCAUGAGGUUUUUUGCUGGUUGUAGAAACAUUUUUACAAGUGUCAUUUAAUAUUUUUUUCUAAAACAAAAAAGAAACAUCACACUAAACCUUCAAAAUCUUUCUUUAGCAAACCGCCUGUUUUUGCUGUUGUACUUACAGGAGAACUAAAUUGCUUUUGGCGAAUGUAGACCUGAAAUGUAAAGACUGAAUAAAGUAGAAUGAAAUGUGACA